ACAUUCAGCUUUAUAUAUAAGAUAACUAACAAUUUUGAUCUCGUAUAAUUAACAUUCGUUAUUGAUUUCUUCUGCUUUAGUAUGACCGAAAGCUGCGAACUGGCGGCAGCACAUCUCAACAUGGCCGAAACCCUCCUGUUCAGCGAAGUUCGCUCGACAACAGGUUUGGACCCAAAGGUGGAGAUCGCCGAUCCAUUGCAGCUUCCAAGUCCAAGCAAGCCCCAUCAAGCGUUCAGCCUAAGAACGUUAGUUUGUUAUUGAAGGGUGAUAACUCAUUAGGAGCUACCAGGAAAACAUGGCACCAAGGAGCUGGCGGUGGUGGAACUACCGCAACGGAAACCACGAAAGCUGGCUGGCAAAAAGGCGCUAGAGAUGAAGCACAACGAAAGAACUCCAGAGACGUUACCGACGAACGAGCUGCAUCGUUGGCAGCAGCAAAGACGAUUUGUUCUGGCAAAACCGAGUCUACGCCGGAAACUGACUCGGAAGAGGUGAAAGCUGCUCUUGAAGAAAAGUAUCAGAAAAUUGGUAAGGAGGUCGGAGCGAUUCUGGAAAGUUAUGAUGAAGGCGACCUGAAAAUUGAAGAAUGCGUCCAAGAAAUAUUCAAAAUUGCUUCAUCUGAGAAGUUUGGAUGCCCGAACAUUAAUGAAAUUUUCUUCCGGUUUACGGAAUAUGCUGUCGAAAAGGUCCGGAAACCUCAACUUCCCAAACUUGGAAACAUGCUUUGUCUCGCAUUGCAAGACGAAGAGAAAAAGCCUGAAGCCUUGGCAGGAAUGUCGCGAUAUUGUACAUUGGCUGUCGAGGCUGAAAUGUGGAUGGAUAUUCCUGAUAUUUGGGGUAAAUUAGCUGAGUUACUUGUGAAUGCCGUAUACUGUGAUUCGAAUCUAAUAUCUGGCUCUCGACCGUCGUUCAAAGACUUCACGAACGUGUUCUUGGAAGCAUCAAAAGAUGACCGAAAGGACAAGUCGUUUGAAUUACUCGUUCUAUCACUGAAGAGAAUGGUUAGUUGUUCACUUUUUGUAAAAUUUUCUUAUUAG